AUGGCGCAUCAGCCAGGUGAUGAAUUUCUCGAGAUUCACAUGGUUGGACUGGAUGGUGAAGAGUUCUCCGUGAGAGUGUCCGAGUCUACCACUGGUCGCCAUCUUCGAGGGAUGCUCCCCUCCAAGGCUGGUGCUGCUGUCUCGCUGCAGAAGGGGUCUGAAAAGCUCUCCCUGACCAAGACCUUGAAGGAAGAAGGACUUGUUGGAGAUGACGCAACGUUGACCUAUGUUUACGUGCCUGUGAAUCUGACUGAAGCUUGGAAAUGCAUUGAAGGCCAGCCAGUUGAUGAUGAGUUUGCUUUGGAGGGAGUCACAGGGAUUAGAAUCCAGAGGCGAAGUCAGUUGAGAGAUUUUCCUCAAAGCUUGCAGAAUCUGUCGUUCAGCUCUUCUUUCAACGAGAGCUUGCAAUGGCAACAACCUUUUCCGAGAAACCUUCAGAGUCUGGUAUUUGGUUAUAGUUUCAACCAAAGCUUGGAUGGAGUAGCUCUACCAAUCAGCCUUGACAGUCUGGUCUUUGGUGCGGCCUUCAACCGGAGUCUCGUUGGAGUGACUUUGCCAAGCAACCUGAAGAAUCUCAAAUUCGGCGCUUUCUUCAACCAGAGUUUGGAAAGGGUGACUCUCCCCAGUGGUCUUGAGACUUUGGCAUUUGGUUUAGAAUUCAAUCGGAGUUUACAGAACGUGGCUUUGCCAAGUAACCUCCAGAGCCUCACCUUUGGCCAUGAUUUCAACCAGCCGUUGGAAAGGAUGACGUUCCCACGCUACCUCCGAAGUCUCACCUUUGGCCAUAAAUUCAACCAGAGUUUGGCUGGAGUGUCCUUGCCAAGUGGCCUUCAGUCGCUGACCUUUGGAGCGGAGUUCAACUGGAGUAUCCAAAAGGUGACCUUGCCUAGCAGCCUGGAGGUUCUUUCUUUGGGAAACUGCACCAAGGACAGCCUUGCUUUUCUCCCAAGCACUCUCAAGGAGCUGACUCUGGGCAACGAGUUCAAUGAGAGUUUGGAUCGAGUGACUUUGCCGAGCUGCCUUCAGAGCCUUUCCUUUGGUGUGCAAUUCAACCAGAGCUUGGAAGUAGUUCACUUGCCAGCUGGUCUCCAGAGCCUAAAGUUUGGCAAGGAAUUCAACCAUAGCUUGGAACGAGUCAGCUUGCCAGGCAGCUUGCUGGCUCUGACCUUUGGGGAAUACUUCAACCAGAGCUUGAAGGGCGUAUGUCUUCCAGGCAGCCUGCAAAGUCUCACUUUUGGAAAACGAUUCAACCAAACUCUGGAAGAGGUGACUUGGCCAAGCAAUUUGCAGCAUUUGACUCUUGGUGCAGAUUUCGAGCAAAGCUUGGAGGCUGUCACUUUGCCCGUUGGCCUGCAACACCUGAGUCUUCAGGAUGGAAUUUACAGAUCUUUGGAGCAAGUCGCCCAGCAAAACAAGUUGCAGAGCUUGACUUUUGGCCAUGAUUUCAACCACAGUUUAGAGGGGGUGAAGUUUCCGAGCACGCUGCGGAAUCUUACAUUUGGAUGGCAGUUCAACCAGAGUUUGGAAGGAGUAAGUCUGCCAAAUGGCCUGCACAGUCUGACUUUUGGUUCUAAGUUCAAUCAGAGUUUGGGAGUUGGCUUACCCAACUGCCUCCAUACUCUGACGCUUGGGGCGCAGUUCAACCAAACUUUGGUAGGGGUUUGCUUGCCAUGCAGUCUUCAGAGCCUUACAUUUGGUGCACGUUUCAACCAACCUUUGAAUGGAGUGGCGUUGCCCGACAGCCUGGAGCACUUGACCUUUGGCGAUGAAUUCAACCAGCGGUUGGAAUCUGUAGUCUGGCCAAGUAACCUGCAGAGCUUAACUUUUGGAAAACAUCUUUCUCGUUUGGCACUCGUGGAUUUGCCGGGAAGCCUUCAGCACCUGACGUUGGGUAGAGCUCCUGACCUUUGGAACUCGACACUCCCCAGAGGCCUCCGAAGCCUGACCGUCGACGCAGCGUUGAGCAUCACUUCGGUGUAA